AUAGUCAACCGUAUGUGUAGAAAUACAAAGGACGUGUGCAAAUAGGCACGAAACUAUCUCGAACAGGCUCUCCCCUGUAAACCCGCACGCUGUAAGUUAAGUUUUGCAAGUCAAACAUUAAGCAGUAGUAUGGCAGAGCCGAUGGAAGCGAGCACAUCUGGAGGGCGCGCCGACGGGCGAGGCGCCGAAGAGUUCCGCAAUGUUUUCUUCAAGACGCGAGUGCUCUCACAAGCGAAAGGCUCGGCAUAUGUAGAAUUUGGUACAUGUAAAGCCAUGGUCGGCGUGUUUGGUCCGCGGCAGAGCGAGGUGAAGCUGGGGUUCACGGACACGGGCCGGCUCAACUGCGAGGUGCGGUUCACGUCCUUCGCCGCGGCACGACUCAACAAAACAGAACUGGGCGCCCUGGAGUCGUCUGCGGCGGCGGCGCUGCAGCAGGCGCUGGAGGCGGCGGUGCAGCUGGACAAGUUCCCCAAGUCUGUGUUCGACGUGUCUGCGGUGGUGCUGGAGGGCGGCGGCGGCGACACGGGCGCGCUGGUGUGCGGGGCCAGCCUGGCGCUGGCGGACGCGGGCGUGGAGGGGCUGGACCUGGUGCCGGGCUGCGGGGUGAGCAAGACGGCCGCCGGCGAGCUGCUGCUGGACCCCAGUCCCGAGGAGGCGGCGGCGGAGGAGGCGGGCCUGGUGCUGGCGGUCAUGCCGCAGCUGAACGAGGUGACGCUGCUGUCGGUGCGCGGGCGCUGGGCGGACAGCGAGCUGCAGGCGGGGCUGGAGCUGGCGCUGGGCGGCUGCGGCCAGCUGCGGGCCAGCAUGCGGGAGUGCUUGCUGGCGGCGCUGGCGGAGCCGAGAAUGCCGGCAUGAUGGGGCGGCGGGGAGAGGGAGGGAGCGGGAGGGAGAGGGAAGGGUGGAGGGAAGGAGGGAGGGAAGGAGGGAAGGCGAGAGGCAGGUGGGAGGGGCAUGGGGUUUGGCUGCACACGUGUGCGCAAUGGGGAGGGUGUCGGUGGUGGUGAGGUAAGGGGGGUUGUGGGGCUUGAGCUCUGUGUACGCGCGGUUGCGUGUGAGGGGCCGGGGCUGAGGCGCUGGGACUUGGUAGGGUCGGGCUUGUGUACGGCGCAGGGGAGCGGAGGGGCACCACAGGAGGCGGGGCCGCCCGGGCUGGCGCCCGCCGCGCUUGGCCGGCUGGGAGGCAGAAGCUAGCACCGGAGUAAGACUGGCGGUGGGCGUGGCGGCGGACAAGGGUGCGCUUCUGGCGGUGGAGGUGCAGCUGCGAGGUGCAGGCGGUGGUGGCGGUAGCGGUGGCUGUGGCGCCGUGGCGGUGGUUCGCUGUAGGGGCGUGCAGAUGGCGCUGCCCGCCUCGCCUGCAUGGUGGUGGUUGUGGGAGGGGGGGCCGACGACACGGCAGGUUGGAAGCAGCAACAGGCGCAAGGCUGUGGGCUUCGUGCCGCUGCAACGGCCGCUGAACUGCCGCAAUGUGCGUGGGCGACAAGGCAGCUCGCUCUGCGACAGGCAAUGGGGCGGCCAUUGCAUGCGCAGGGGCGCGCCAGCGGGUUCCUCAGCUCCUCAGAAGUUGGGCCUGUGCUUAAUGAAAGCACCCC